GUUCCCGCGUGAUCCUACCGGCAAAGCAGGGGCAAAUAGGUUCUCUCUUCCCCUCUCCCCCUUUCGAUUUUUCUCUCACGAUUUUAUUUUCUUGGAAUAUUCAAACACCGGAACAAGAUUCCGCCGCCGAUUUUCCCGUUUAUCUGGAUAAGGACGAGCAGAAUUCCAAAUAGCCGAUCUCACUUCUCAUUCCAAUAACAGAUGUGGGGAAUUUUGACGGAGGAGAGGAGAUCGUGUUGAUAAGGCUUGGAAGAUGGCUAAUCAAGGUGGUUCGUCGAGGAAAAGUCUCUCAUUCUCUGGACUUCCGUUCCAAGGGAGGAAGAAAGCUUCCGACAACGACAGUGGAGGCUCCGACCUCCCUCCCCGGAGACCUCUCACACGAUCUCAUUCCUCCAUGAGUUUGACCAGCGAGAGGGGAGGAGAAAGGACGGUAAAGAGAUUACGGCUUUCAAAGGCCCUUACUGUACCUGAUAGCACGACUCUACAUGAGGCUUGUCGAAGGAUGGCUGCACGUCGAGUUGAUGCACUACUGCUGACUGAUUCCAAAGCAUUACUUUGUGGAAUCCUUACAGACAGGGACAUAGCAACAAGUGUGAUAGCCAAAGAACUUAAUCUUGAAGAAACUCCUGUAUGUAAAGUUAUGACCAAGAACCCUGUCUUUGUUCUUUCUGACACCAUUGCUGUGGAAGCUCUGCAAAAGAUGGUGCAAGGAAAGUUUAGACAUUUGCCAGUUGUAGAGAAUGGGGAAGUUAUUGCCCUACUAGAUAUUGCAAAGUGUUUAUAUGAUGCCAUUGCUCGGAUGGAAAGAGCAGCCGAGAAGGGAAAGGCCAUUGCUGCUGCUGUUGAAGGCGUUGAGAAGAACUGGGGAACAUCUGCCUCUGGCCCUAGCAUUUUUAUUGAGACACUUAGAGAACGAGUAUUCAGGCCUUCACUUUCCACAAUAGUUCCAGAGAAUUCAAAGGUUUUAAAGGUUGGAUUAGACGAGACAGUGUUAGCAGUAACAAAGAAGAUGGUUGAGUUUCAGUCAAGUUCAGCCGUGGUGAUAAUCAACAAAAAGAUACAUGGGAUUCUCACAUCAAAGGAUAUCCUGAUGCGGGUCAUAGCCCAGAAUCUUCCACCAGACUCAACUACUGUGGAGAAGGUCAUGACCUCAAAUCCAGAGUUUGCGACAAUUGACACGCCAAUUGUUGAUGCUUUACAUAUCAUGCAUGAUGGAAAGUUUUUGCAUCUUCCUGUAGUAGAUAAAGAUGGAGAUGUUGUUGCCGUUAUUGAUAUAAUUCACAUCACUCAUGCUGCUGUUACUACGGCUGGGAGUACAGCUGGGAUCAGUAACGAGACAGCAAACUCAAUGAUGCAAAAGUUUUGGGAUUCUGCCAUGGCUUUGCCUCCUAGCGACGAUGAAGUUGAGACGAGGAGCAAAGAGGGAUCCAUGAAAUUAUCUCCCGAGGUAGAGAUGGGAAAAUCAUUUUCCUAUAUCAAGACAUUUGCUUUCAAGAUCCAGGACAAGAAGGGUCGGAUGCAUAGAUUUAUGUGCGAAACACAGAGCUUAACAACUCUUAUAACUGCAAUUCUUCAGAGAAUGGGGGAUGACAUCGAUCCUUACCACUUGCCUCAAAUCAUGUACGAAGACGAAGACAAUGACCAAGUCAUGUUGGCAUCGAAUAGCGAUCUCUCAGCAGCAGUGGAACACGCGAAAUCGAUCGGUUGGAAGGGUUUGAAAUUGCAAUUGGAUUACAAGAAAGGCAGAGAAAACAAGAGAGAUGGAAGGUCAGAGAAUGAGGAUCCAAGCACAUGGGCUGCCGCUUACGGGACAGUAGCAGCAGGGGCUGCUCUUGCGGCAGGGCUCGGAGUUUUGUUGUACCUUAAACGACAAGGGAACUAACACCGUCCACAGGUGAUCUUCCUCUGUUUAUUGAUUAGAGGUGCUAACCAUUUUAUCCUACCAACCUACCUGAGAUCUGGCGUGGGAUUUGUUAUUUAUUUUUUGGAUGAGUAAAGAGGAGAGAGUGAAUCUCUAUCUCUCCCGUUUGGCUGAAAACCUUGCACACACACACACACAUCUAUCUAUAUAUUGUUUGUAAAUACUACAUAAGCUAACAUUUGAUUUGAUUGUCUA